AUGUCCGGUCUACGGGUAUUUAAUCGGUUGAUCAGGAGUUUUCCUUUCCGUGCGGUUGUAAAGAUACCUGCACGCUUGAAAUACACACAACAUCAAGGAGUUAAGGGCAUUCGGAACAGGAAGAGCUUCUUUGAAGCCCAAAUGCAGGCUGGUCAAAGGAAUGAAGAUAUUGAGGACUUGGCGGAGGAGGAGCGGGAAUCCAGUGGAUACCUGGCAGAUAUGAGGUUCCUAGAUGAUCGUGCCUACGACGAAGUGGCAGGCGGAGCUAUGCGAAUCACUCGAGACAUAGCCAGUUCCCAGCAAGUCCUUAUCCUACAGCCCUACGUGAAGUGGGCAGCCAAACGCCAGAGCUCACCCGUCGAUAUCCGGCCAGAGGAUCAGCUGGCGGAGGCGUCUGCCCUGAUUCACUCCCUGCCCAAUUGGCAGGUCGCCAGGGCUCUCAAAGUUCCGCUAGAGAGUCUCGAGAAAAAGACACUCUUUGGCAGCGGAAAGCUGGUGGAACUUAAGGAAGUGGUCGCCGAACUACGACAGGAACGGCAGCUCACUUGCCUUUUUGUCAGCAAGGGCACGUUAUCCUUCGCUCAGAAACGGUUUCUGGAGGCGGAGUUCCGACUGCCAGUGAUGGAUCGUUACUCUGUGGUUAUUCAGAUUUUAAGGCUGCAUGCCACAAGCGCUGAAGCGAAGCUACAGGUGGCCAUGGCUGAGCUUCCCUACAUUUGGGCGCAAGCCAAGGAUGCCAGUGUCACACAGACACGGCGCCAAGGAUAUACCCUGACUGAUCUGCAAAAGGAGAUUCUGCGCACCAGGGAGCGCAAACUGCGAGCGGAACUGGAUCGUGUGCGUCGGCAGAGGCAGUUGCUUCGCCAAAAACGAAAACAACAAAAUUAUCCCAUUGUGGCCGUGGUAGGCUACACAAAUGCUGGCAAGACGUCUUUGAUAAAGGCUCUGACUGUGGAGGAUGCACUGCAGCCGAAGAAUCAGUUGUUUGCCACCCUUGAUGUGACGGCACAUGCGGGUUGUUUACCUUGCAAUCUGCAGGUGAUUUACAUGGACACCGUAGGAUUUAUGUCUGAUUUGCCAACGGGAUUGUUCGAGUGCUUUGUGGCUACUUUGGAGGAUGCAAUGCUGGCGGAUGUAAUAGUGCACGUCCAGGACCUUUCUCAUCCAUGUCACGCCUCUCAACGCAGUCAUGUGGAGGCCACGCUCCGUUCCCUGGCCUUUAAUAUUGCUAAUGGAGAUUCCACGGCCAGCCAAUUGCCACCGAUCAUUAAUGUGUACAACAAAUGUGAUUUGGUAUCCUUAAAGGCGCAGUCGUCAUCAGAUCCCGUGCAUCAUAUAUCAGCUCGAGCACAAACCGGAUUGGAACCCCUUUUAAAUGAUAUCGAGCAACAAAUUCUGACCGCAACUGGGCGAAGAAAACUUCAGAUGAGAGUGCCCAGCGGUGGACCCGAAAUGGCCUGGCUGUAUAAAAAUGCAGCCGUGGUGGAAACGACAGCGGAUGAGAAGAAUCCCGAGCGGCUGAUGAUGCACGUGGUAAUCAGCCAACGCACUUUGGACAAGUUUAAACGACAGUUCUGCCAGUGACCUUCAACAUUUCAAUUCAAAGCCAGAUGAUUUAAGUUUCUGGGGUGCAAUCGACACCGACUACAUUUUUAUUAUUGCUCUGUUUUUUUGUUGGUUUAGUUACUAGCGGGUGAAGUUAGGAUCGGUGUUGUUUUCUCUUUUUAAAAUCUAUAUAAAUAUAAAAUAAAACCAAACAAUGUCUAAAAAUAUCAUAA